CUCGUCUCAUAUUGGUGCUGAUAAAAUGUUAAUGAAAUUACGUGAGGACUUAAUAUGGCCACGCAUGGGUAAAACAGUACGCAAAUAUGUUGCAAAUUGUAGAUCGUGUGUGUUGGGUAAAUCUUUUACUGGAAAACGGAGUGGAUUGUGUCAACAGAAAACGAAGUAAAAUGGAUACGUGGCAUAUUGACCAUGCCGGACCUUUGGUCAAAUCUAAUAAAUGCACUCAAAUUUUAGUGGUUAUAGACGCUUUUACUAAAUUUGUGCGAUUUUGUCCUAUUAGACAAAAAAAUGCCGAAUGUACUAUAAAGGCAUUAGAUGCAUUAUUUAUGGAAUUGGGUCGACCAAAACGAAUAAUAGCUGAUCGGGGAACAGCAUUUGUAGCGAGUAAAUUUCGAGAAUUUCUCAAUGAUAACUCUGUUGAGCUACACCUAAUUGCAACAGGAGUUCCUAGAGGUAAUGGACAAGUGGAACGCGUUAUGAGAAGUUUGUUUAAUGCGAUGCGUGCUGUGUUGAAUGAAAAAGACGAAAAUAAAUGGACAAAAGUGCUACCUCAUAUUGAGGACGAUUUUAAUGUAACUGUGAACAAAUCGACAGGAUUCGCGCCGUGGAUAUUAAUGUUUGGUGAAAAUCGACGUCUGAGAGCAACUAACGAACUGUUAAAUGGUGUGCCAAUACAGACAAGUGAUGUGGACGCUGAAAUACUUAGACAACAAGCUCACAGUCGCGUGUGCGAAGUAACCAGUAGAACAAUUACAAACUUUAAUAAGAAAAGAGUGCCGGCAAUACCAUACGCUGUUGGUGAUAAAGUUGUUGUUGAAAAUAGUCAGCUGUCGAAUGGAGGAAAAUUGAAACCAAAGUAUCACGGACCCUUUGAGGUAACGCAUUGUUUACCUAAUGAGAGGUAUGCUCUCCGAAGGAUUGGCAGCCGAGGUAGAACUACAAUAGCGGCACAUGAACAGUUACGAACCUGGCCAGAUACAGAAAUUCUAUAAGAUUACCGGUGUCAGGUGAAUCUUUGCAAAACUGCGGAAGGUGCGAGGACGCCCCACAUGUCAGGAAGGCCGUGUUAGCUUACGUCAUCACCUUCACCGAUGGACCGAUGCGACGUGCUCACAUCUAUUUAGACUAGUUUUGUUUCAUAAGCAAAUCUGAAGUAUUUGUUUACAUUUAAUAAUCGGGGCAGUUCUUAAGAAAGAACCGAGCAGUCAAGCUUUAGAUGUCGAGGGUUAAACUACGUUUGU